UGGCAUGCUUGCACGUCACUCUUGCUCCGUUCUCGUCAUCCCGGUCCCCUGCCUCGCCCACUUUACGAUGCACCCCAGUUCGGUGUGCCACUGAACGGCAGGCCUUGUUUAAUCGCAUUGCUGCGGUCUAUGACUACGUACGCCCGCUCCUCCUCCUCCUUCUUUUGUUUCUGCUCCUGGGUCAGCAUCGGAUUUGGAAGCGAAUGGUAGUGUCAUGAAGUGGGUAUGCAGUUUCUCGAACGCAUUUUCCUUCAGCCGUUUGGAGUUCCUUUUUCCCUCUUCCUUGAUGCGAUGGGUUGAAGGUGAUGCUCUUGAGUUGCCAUUUAGUGAUGGUUCAUUCGAUGCUAUAACUAUGGUUUAUGGUCUACGAAAUGUGGUUGAUAGGCGCAAGGCCAUGCAAGAAAUAUUACGAGUCCUUAAAGCUGGCUCCAGAGUUUCUAUCCUUGACUUUAAUAAGAGCAAUCAAUAUCUGACUGCUUCAGCUAUGGAAUGGAUGAUUGAGAACGUUGUUGUCCCAGUGGCCUUGGGUUAUGGCCUCUCUGAAGAGUAUAGAUAUCUAAAAAGCUCAAUCAAAGAGUUUGCAACAGGGAAGGAAUUGGAGGAACUGGCUUUAGAAGUUGGUUUUUCUACUGCACGACAUUAUGAGAUAAAUGGAGAGGCUUUAUGGGCUGCCAGGUUUGAGCCGAGCCGAGCCGAGCCGAGCAUAGCCGAGCCAUCUUCCAUUACAAGUGAAGCCAGUCUGCAGGAUUGAUGUAUGCAAGUGAUUUUUCUCUCCAUUCUCUUGGUCACCUGGGAUUAAUUGAGCUGUGGGACAUGGUAGUGAUUGAAUCUGCUGCAUUUAGAUCUUGGACUUCCAUUGUGCUUUCAUACAGAAGUCCAAUGUGCAUGGCCAAGUCCAACUCAAUGUAAGGUUGGGCCUAACGUAAAGGCUUCAAUUUAAUGUGGCCACACCAAUUCCGUGGUGGUCUAGUAAAUUAUUGAAAAAUGACUGCCAAUAAUUUUAUUCUUACCUAGCGAAGCUAUCUGAUAUUCAAUUCCUUCUCCACUAAGAUCACUCAUUUCAGUACAGCGCGUUUGUCACUCCGAAAUGAAAAAUUAUUUUUAUUGAUUUA